CGAAAGUGAUGGCGACACUCUGAAUGUUGAUCUUCAUUGCCGUGAAGGUGGACGAGAUUUGGACAAGCUGACUCAUGAAGUGGAGUCUGUUGCGGAAGGUGAAGGAGCCCUACCUGGCCUUCGAGGUACAACCCGUCAUGCAUCUCAGUUUUCGCUUGUCGAGGUUCCGACUCGACCAGACACUCCCUCUGCGGACAUAGUUGUGAAUGAAAGUCCUCCUCGAGAAAGUAGUAAUACUAGGGAACAGGAGGAUCAAUUGUUUCUCACCACCAGACAGGAGCAGCAGAUGUUUCAUUUUCAAGACGAG